GCCCUAUUUUCCAAUAAAUAUUUUGCUAUGUUUAGCAGUAGAUGUUUACACUGUACUGUUUAGGUUUAUCAUAAUAGUAGGCCUCGGCUAAGUACUUAGUCUAAUUAUCUAAGCUUAGACAUAUAUAUAAAACUCAAAUACUAGGUAAAUACGUAAUUACUUAUUAGGCCGUGGUAUCUAUUUUUGGACUAGGCCAUCUCGACUAACGACGUCGACUACUGUCACUGAGUCUAUGACUACUGGCUACCACUAUCCUUCUUCUAUAUAAUAUAUAUAUAUAUUUAUAUAUAUAUAUAUAUAUAUAUAUAUUAAAUUAAGGGCCUACGAUCAAUGACGUAUUGACCAUUCUGAAUCCUAUGUAUGUACAGGGAUUUGCAAUGUUUCUGUGCCUGUCUGUGUGGAGGAUAUUUCACUGGUUGCAGUAGGGUUUGGAAGGAUUGAGGCAAGAGACAAACACAUGCGUCAAAAGACUCAUGUGUUGUCACCUCAACUGCUCCUUUUGGAAACAUGUUCCAGUCCUUGGCCUUGAUUGUCUUUGGCAGGAAUGUGCAGCUCCUGUACAGUGCUCUUGCUGUUAUAAGCUGGAACUGCCUGUCAUGGCCUCGUCACUGUCUAGGGGUGAGAGGAACGAGUUUCUGUUUAAUGCUGGAGCAGUGAACCAGCUCAUUAUUUAUCUUGAACAUCAUGGAGAGCUUGGAUAAUCGUCUUCUUUCCUCCAAUGGUGACCAGCCCAGUGUUUCCAGCAUGCUGCCAACACUAGAGGUGUUCCUGUAGUGGUUCAGAAUAAAGUGUGCUGCCCAUCGUUAGACCACCUCCAUUGCCUCCAACCUGUCAAUGCUUUUCUGGGUAAAUGUGUCCCAGACUGAAGAUGCGUAAUCUAAAAGCAGCCAGACAAAGGCUUUAAAGGCUCUUCCUUUCACACUUGAGUUGGCGAUCUUCAGAUUUCGCCUUAAGAACCCUAGGGUCUUGUUUGCCUGGUUGCACACGUUGAUAUCCUCAUACUAUUUAUACAGAUAAACCAGUGUAUGAUGAAAAUAAUUGAUGGUUAUUUGAACUGGCCUGUUAAGUUUAGCCUAUUAAUAUUUCAGAUUAUGACACCGAAACUUAAAAAUAUAUUGUAUUAAUACAAUUUAGCUAAGCCAACUCUAAUUAUUUAAUUUAUAUUCAUAGUUAUUAGUUUAGUACUAAUAAGUAGGCGUAAAAGUGAAAAGUGAUUUCAUGUGUAAUUUGUAUUACAUGAUGUAAUAUUCAUAUAAUAAAUAAUUACUAAAUUCUAUUAGACUAAUUAAGCAGUCUUAUCUUUUUUGUUAAAAAAAGAAAAAAGAUGCUGAUACUUCUUCUAUAUAUAUAGAGGGUCCACGAUCAAUUUAUUGAUCAUCCUGGCUCCUAUGCAUGUAGAAGGUAUUUGCAAUGUUUCUGUGCCUGGUGUUGAUGAGGAUAUUUCACUAGUUGCAAGGUUUACUUACUGAGGGUAUCAUGCACUGGGGGUUGGAAGGUCUGAGGCAAUAGACGCAAAUGUGUCAAGUGUUGUCGUUUCAAAUGUUCCUUUUGGAAGCUUGUUCCAGUCACUGAUUGAUUGUCUUUGGCAGGAAUGAACAGUUCCUAUGCUGGCUUCUCGCUGGUAUGAGCUGGAACUGCCUGUCAUGGCCUUGUCGCUGUCUGGCGGAGAGGGACGUGUUUCUAUUUAAAGCUGGAGCAGUGGACCAGCCCAUUAUUUAUCUUGUAAAUCAUGGAGAGCCUCGAUAGUCAUCGUUGUUCCUCCAAUAGUGACCAGCCCAGUGUUUCCAGCAUGCUGCCAACACUAGAGGUAUUCCUGUAGCGGUUCAGGACAAAGCGUGCUGCCCGUCGCUGGACUGCUUCCAACCUGUCGAUGCUCUUCUGGGUAAAUGGGUCCCAGACUGAAGAUGCAUAAGAUAAAAGGGGCAGGACUAAUCAUCAUCUUGUAAAUCUUUUAGGGGUCUUAAAUGAUGAUGUCAAGCAUUGGGGAUAGGAGGUCACGGGUUUAUGACAAACUAUAGGCCUACUAUUAUGAGGGUUUCUAAAUUCCUUGGCACAUUUGUGACGAUGGAGGUGGGUGGAGGGUCUAAAAUCUGCCAAAAUUGCAUGAUGUCAUUUAUGGAUGGCUGCUUUAUUUUAACAAAAUAUAUUUUUUUCUCAUAGGUCCAGUAGUCAGACCAGUCAUUUGUAGAUUGGCCUUGGUGAUUCAAGUGCGUGUGGAUCAAACAUAAAAUUGUCAAAAGUUUCUUGGAUCAUCCGUUGUAAAAGGUGCCGGUAUGCCAUUCACCUGGUUCUAAGACAAAAAAAGCACUGCUAAAUAAUGAUUACUAACUUUACAGUAAAAAUACUUAAUAAAAAAUUAUGAAGUGGCUAUUUGCACCCAGGUACCAGAAGUGAGAGGUUGAGAUUAAAAAACUAUUUAAAAUAUUAUUGUUAGGUUUAUAAGACAAAAUGAGGUAUCAAAUGAAAGAUAAUUGAAUGGACUAUAUAUUUGUAAACUUACUUCUUCAGUUUAACUAAAAUAAACAACCACAAAUGAAAUCCGAAUAGCAUUGGUCAAAUGCGACCCAGGUGCGAAUGGCGGCGCUGCGUUCCAUUUUGUCUAAAUGCUAUUUGGAUUUGGACUAUGAAGUAAUCUCAUGGGCCAAGUUUUUUGCCCACAAGCAUCAUACUCAUUGUCAUCAAAUUUAAUGAUCUUUCAGCAUCUGUACCUAGCUUCAUGGAUGACUGACUUGAGCUGGAGUCCAUGUCAGGAAUAUAUAUAUAGACAUGAAAAGCUUACUUGGUCUCUUAGGGUAGUAAUGAAGUUACAUCCCAGCCUAGACUUGACAAAUUAUUUUAUGUCAUGGAAAAAAACAACAACCCAGAAAUAGAAAAUUUAAAAAUUUAAGAAAAUCAGUUCCAAUAAAGUGAGUUUAAAAAUUGCUAAGAUUUGAGCCAGAGAGUGACAUUUAGGAGCCAUUCAUAUAUUGACGUAACAUAAUUUUGGCCAAAUUUGGAUCCUCCCCUCUAUUAUCACACAUUUAUCACAACAUUUAGACAUCACCUACUACAUGGUUGCAAAUUUGUGACACCCCCCUCCCCGAUUAAUGUGUGAUGUCAUUUAUGGAUGGCCCCUUUGACAAAUAAUUUAAAUUUUUAUAAAGUCCAACUGACUUCUUAUAUAUUUUUCUUUCAGGUGCUGUAAAACAUCUGUUCAAAACCGUAUUUAAUAAAUUCUACAUACAAUGUCUUUGACACAUGUACCGCCAACAGCUGGAGUGAAUCAAGGUAUCUUUAGGAGCAGAAGUUAAUUAUUUAAGACUUGGUUCAAGUAUCGGAAAUUCACCAAUAUCUACUCUUGAUUAAAUAUUCAUACAUUUUAUCAUGAUUAAAGCUUAAGCUGAACCAGGUUACAUGAUACCUACAACUUUUUGAAAUGGGAAUAAUAGAAAUAAUAUGUCACGAAAUAGAAAACCAACCACCCUAACCAUGACAAAUGGGAGACCCAGAGCAAAUGUGAGACCCAGAGCAAAUGUGAGACCCAGAGCAAAUGUGAGACCCAGAGCAAAUGGGAGACCCAGAGCAAAUGGGAGACCCAGAGCAAAUGGGAGACCCAGAGCAAAUGGGAGACCCAGAGCAAAUGGGAGACCCAGAGCAAAUGGGAGACCCAGAGCAAAUGGGAGACCCAGAGCAAAUGCUUACUCCAGUGCUCCAUAUAAAAUGGUUUCACCUAAUUUUCAAACAAAAAUAUUGACGUUUUUUCAAGAUUUUUUUUAUAUCCGUAUUUUGACUUCUAAAUUGCUAUGUGUCCUUUUCCUUUUUGUCUCAUAUAGUUUAUUUUCCAAUUCUUUGCAAUGGCUGCCAUGGGUAGAACGCAAGUAAUCAAAUGUGUUCAGAUGGGUUAUUAUGGUAAAUGGUUUAGCAACAUUUUUGGAGAGAGGCCUACAUGGAAUUCUUCAUCAUUGGUAUCUUUUGUAAUAUUAGGAAUUAAUGUAAGCUCAUUCUGUACCACUAUGUCACCAGUAGCCUAUUUAUUACAUCAUCAGUUGGGCACUUAAAUACGACAUUGAAUUGGCUACUUGAUACGUCAUUGAAUUGCAUUUGAUAUAUGCUUUCGUUAUUAACCACAUGAAUAAAAUGAUUUGCCGAAAUAUUUUGUAACUUUUCCUAUGUUUUUUUUAUAGAACGUCAGAACAGAAAGAUAAUUGAACACCUUCAUGAACAAAAGAAACGAUUACAACACGGCCAUCCUGUUAGGUAGGUUAUAUAUGAUGAUAUUUUUACAAUGUUUUCAUAAUCAAAAUUUUAUCAGUUCUGCUGAGAGUCCAUGCUAACACUUGGUGGAAGGAUCAGCUAGUCAAAAUGCAAGUGUCAAAAUAUUUUGAAAAUGAAAAAAUAUUACACUUUAACGUAAAUAAUACCUUCUAAAAUGUAAAGUUAAUAAUAAACGGAUAAUUGACUGGAAAAUAAAGUUGACUUCUUCUGUAGCAUUCAUCAGUCUGAUGUAAGUUGAUUUAUUCAAUCUCUAGACAUAUUAUCAUCCCUUCCUGUUGACAUGCUUAUAAAGACUUGGUAGUGGUACUUAAUUAUUUUUCAAUUUGAACGUUAACAUUUUGUCUAUGCUUUUAAAGCCAAUCGAAGGUGCAUUAAUUUUUUUUGGCUCUAGGUUAUCUAGUUUAAAAAGUGUUGAACUAAAUAUGCCAAAUCUGGAUUUACAAAGCAGUUUGUUUAUGUGUAGCUGUGAUUAUUCAUAUUUAUGAAUUUAGAGUCUACUAUAAGUAUAUGGUCUAAAAUAGUGGACUCUAGUUUAUAUUAUUGUGUCAGUGGUUUUUAGAGUGUGAUGGACCCAGGCAGACAGUAAAAGGCUCAGUAAGUUUAAGGGAGACACUGGGAUAAUAUAAAGGGGUACUGAUGAUUAUAUCUGAAAUAUGUACAAAAAAAAAAUAUAUAAAAAAUUCCAUUCAUUACUAAUUUGUUUCCAUGCUCUCUAUUUCAACACCCAGUUGCUUCCAUGUUCUCCAUUUCAACACUCAGUUGCUUCCAUAAAAUUUCCAGUUGGACAUUUUAAAUGUUAAGAUACCAUAACUUUGUGCGCAAAUAGAAUAUAAAUGAAUUGUUUUGAUUUCUGAUCAAUAGUUAUAUGGGAAAACAACUGUCUGAAAGAGACUAGUGUGAGAAUGGGUUAUUACCAGAUUGUCAUUAUAAAAGGGAUAAAUGUUUAAAUGAGAUGAAAUCAGGGAUUAUGAUGAAUAGAGUAAUCUAAAACUACCAUGAUGUAGUUGUCAUUACCAUGGUCUAGGUGUAAAUUACAUGGUCUAGAUAUAACUACCUUGGUCCAGGUGAGAGAGGAUGUGUACUAUAAAUCAAAUAGGUAAAAUACCUAAACAGAUUCACCCAGUUCCAGACAAUCCAGGUAACACACUAAAAGAAUUAUGCUAUUCCAUUUAUUUUAAUUUUUUCAGCAGUGUGUCCAGUUCCAUGAGUGUGACUCCUCCUGGCCCAAUUCUCAACACACCACCAGCCAUUGUGCCCGGGGUGAGUUGUUAUACUUCUGAUUUUUUUGUCAUCUUAUAUUUUAGCAUACAUUGUAGCUUUUUCAUGUUAUAAUAUUUUGAACAUUCCAUUUGCUCAUAUUGAAAUAAAAUAUGUAAUGGGCACCAAGGGUGAUCCCAGCACAUUGAACAUUCUUAAAUUGGAAACUUUCUGUAACGAUUUUUCAUUUCAAUAAUAUACCCAUAAAUACUGUUAUAUUUGAUAUCAGUGUUUAAUAUCUUUGUUAAAAUCAUGUGGCAUGUGAAUCGUGUUUUAUGAAGAGCCAUCCAUAAAUGGCAUUCACUAUUUUGGCAGAGAAUUUUACCCCCCCCCCCCUUUUUCCCUUUCCAGAUAGACCAAAUUUGUAACAUCAACUACACACUUUUAUCACACAUUGUCACAAUGGUUAUAAUUUAUCUUUCUGAAAAGCUUUCAGCAGCUGAAUAUGCAAGCAUAAGUAAUCCCCAGCAAAGGGCUGCUCUACAGGUCAGUGGUUUUCUCGUCUUGUUUAUUUAAGUAAGUAAAAGAAGGUGAGAUUGAUGAAAAAAUAAAAUACCUCAGUUCAGUAACAUAAACAUAAAGUUUUGAAAAGUUGAAAUUUCAGUUCUUAAAAUUAUUUUUAAAAUUUAUAGAAAAUUCGUUAAAUCUGGCUCUGUGCUUUUAAAAGCCUAUGAUAUUAUUAUGAAACAAUAUUAAUAUCUAAUGGCCUAUAUCUACAUAUCGGUUUGGACAACCUUUGACUUAGAGUUUUAGACUAUUUAAUACCAUCUGGCAGUUCUCAAUUAUUUUUAAAACUCAGGCAAAAACUUGUAAUCUUGAAACUUUCCAAUAAAAGGAGAUUAAAGAUGAUUGGUAUAAAUUUUGUUAUAGUUUAAAUAUAUAAAUAGUAUUAUUAGUAGUCCAGCCUUUAUAUUAAUAAUAUAUUUUUAACCGAUUGGUAAUCAUAUGUGUUUCUCAUUUACAGCAUGCGCAUGCAAACUCAGUGGGAUAUUUUAUUACACAGGAUUCUUCUUUUGGAAACCUGAUACUUCCAGUCUUGCCUCGUAUGACAGAUCCUAAAGCUGAAAUCAAGUAAAUGUAUGACAUUGAUUAACUCGUGUGUUACCUCAUGUGAACCAUUAUAAAAUAAGCUGAUGUUAAGCGGCUGUAUGACUUUGAUUGACUGCGUUGUUACAUGGUUGGACAGAUUUUUAAGCUGAUGCAAGUGACUGUAUGACUUUGAUUGACCUGCUGUGUUACAUGGUUGGACAGAUUUUUAAGCUGACGUUAGUGGCUGUAUGACAUUGAAUGACUACUGUAAUUUUAUAUUUGUAACAUUACAUCUUAAAGGAGCAUAUAUUUCUUGUUCAUUUUUUAACAUGUCAAUAAAGUGAUUAAUUUCAUCUUUGAAUUAUUAAAUUAUAUAAACUCAUAAUUUUUUUAAAGAAUGGAAUGGUAAAAAUAAAACUGCUGAGGUUAUUUUUAACAAUAAUAAAGCUAUUUACAUGUAAACAAAAAAAAAACAAAAACUAGUCAUCAACAGUUAAAAAUAGCAAUUUAAUCAGUCUAACAUUAAAGAUGAACAUUUUAUUAAUAAAUCUGAGCAGUUGUAUUAACAAAUUAAUGGUAUAAUUCUUAUAUACAUGACAGACAGUUAACAACUCAUUAAAAGUUAUGUUCUAAUGAAUUUGUAUAAGUAUAGGUUGAUUGGUUUGUACAUCAAAAAAUCAAAUACAGAGCAGUGUAUGAAUUAAUUUGUUUGUAUGUCAAAAAUUCAUGUCCAGAGAAUUGAAUAAGUAGUCAGAUAGGGAGUACAUUAAACCUCUUGAGAUGAAUUUAAUGAAAAAUAAACUAAUUACUUUAAAAAUAUAAAACUAAAAAUAUAUUCUUGUAGCGAAUUGAAUGAGCUCGUACGAUCUUUAUAAAUCAAACUGAGAU